UGGCCCUGGACGCGUACCGCCGCCGCCAUUACAUACCCCUUCCCGCUCACAGCCUGUAUAACACCAUCCUACCAUGUCCGCCUGUAAUGCCGACGACUUUGUCCUCGUCGCUCCCCGCCCUGUCCGCCUCGCCGCCCCCGCCCCCGCCCCUCCUUUCUCCCCCUUCCAGGGCGCCCUCAACCGCCCCCAAACCCGCGUGCCCGGCGUGCGCUUCGUCGCCGAUGGCGUAGAUCGCCUCAAGUUGGGCGAGGACGUCUUCCAGACCCAGGACGACAUCGUCAGACUGCCCCCGCCCGAGCCUGCCGAGAAGGACCCUGUAUCUCCUCGCGCCUCUCCCCGGUCCACCUCGGCCGAGGUUCUCGAGGAGUUCCUCUCCAUCCUCCAGUCGUCGAGCUUCCGCUUCCAGCCCACCUCGCCCAUCCUCCGCACGAACAAUGGGAGUGCCUCGCACACCUUCUACUACCGUGCGUCCUCCAGCCUGGGUGGGUCCCACCCAGAUGGGCUUGGGCUGUCGUCCCUCGGAGAGACCGCCGACGAGAUGCGGAAGGAUAGCGCUACGCCUGCGUACCCAUUCAAGCUUAUCGGGUCUGGGUCCCUCGCGUCGCCUGUGUCGCGCACGCACACGCGCAACCCCUUCCAGCGCCACCCAUCCUACGAGAACGCCAUCGCUGGCAUUUUCCGUCCGCUCUCCGCGUCACCUGGGCCGCUGUCCCCGGGCUCACCUGCCAUAGUCUCCAUGUCCCCGGCAGCGGUUCCCCUGCCCCUGCCCACCCCCGACGAGCUAGAGGCAACCUCAUAGAAGCCCGAUCAGCACACCGGUCAGGAGUUUCUCCAUAGACCGCUCAUCUCACCACGUUCUUUACCAGCCAUACACUAUCUAUAACCCUUACCAGAGCUAUCGUCGCCCCUUUCCACCCGUGUAUCUGUACCACUACUGUAGAUCUGUCCAUAUUUACGGCGCACCAUCCUGUCCACCGUAUACCUCCUGUCUUCUGCGUUUACUCAGGCUCUCUUUUGUUUUGUUAUUACCCUCGAUUGAUUUGCUGCUGAUCCAUAUUUGCAUAGCGUCUCGCGACGGCUUUGUCGUAGCUCUUUCCUGUGGUAUAGUCUAGAUUCGCUGUAAUGAAGCUUAAGUGAAGAGUCGCCUUGUGUUA